GAGCAAUAGCUGAUGUGGGUGUAGUAGAUCAUCCUUCCAAUCUUCGUCAUGACAUAGUAGAUUUCGACUCCUCCCUGUAUCUUUAUCUUCUUCUAGAAGUACUUCGUUGAUUUUCACCAGCAUUGUCAUAUUCAGCUAUCACGCUCCUUUAAACUUGUGAAGUAGCAUCCGAUAUUACUUAUCUAGUUCCUGCUUGUUGACCAAACUACAACAAGACCAAGGAAAUGGAAAACUUGGCCCUAGCCUCUCGCGUGCUUUUCGAUCGGGAUAUCCUGGAGAAAAAUCGCCGCAUAGUUGAGCUCGAAGGGGAGCUGAAAUGCCUGAAAGAUGAGCUUUAUUGGAAACAGAUCACAAAAGAGGAUUUUGAGUUAGGAAAUGAUCAUCAAUCUCUGUCUGUCUUCUAGUGCUUGAGUAGUUAUCUGGCAGUUUGACUUGGGUAAUUUGACUUUGAGUUUCAUGAAAUCGACGGACUCGGACUUACUUCUAUUAAGCUAUAAAACAAGAAGUAGCUAGUGGUAAAAAAUGGAUGACAAAGAUGAAAGUGUAAAAAGUGGUUUGUCUAAGACUCUAAUGUGUAAAGGCCAUGCAGACUUCGGUGGAACAGUUGUUGAUACGGACGACGACGACGACGACGAGGAUGAUGCGAUUCAAAGUGAGUGGACUCCUUAGGAAAAGACAAAGAACAGAAAGCAGGGCUCAUCAUGAAAUUCCAGCAUCAGCAUUUCGAUUUCCUUUUUGCUUUUCUUUGGUCGUAGAAAACUCUAAAAAGUCCUGACGCCACAAAUGCGUAGUGUUGCGUGGGAAGCUGUUGCGCGUGGGCUAACCUUCUGGGAAAACGAGGUGCCAGUAAUAGACCCAGAAACCGGAAAGAAAAGCCUGACAUAUUUACGCUGAAACUUUCUGCUCCAGCAUGUUUGACGCGAAGUAGACGUCGCCAUGAUAGUCCAACAUGCGAGAAACCAUAGUUAGAGGAUCAGAAACGCCACCGCAUGUGAGACCAGACACAACUGAGUCGUCCCAGAACUUACUGAAAUAGCUUCAGCUAUUCUCGGCGGUAUUUGUGUCGUAUCCCUUUAAGCCUAGGGGCUCUAAGACUGGACCUGGAGAGUAAUUGUGAGAAAGAUUGGCCACCAGAAGUGCAGCGCGAGUCAGGUCCUAUGGGCGUGAUGUUAAGCUGGCUAGCGCUGCAAAUGCGGCGCAAUUACGGUGGCGGCUGGCACGCCUCGAUAAUGAGACGCAACUGUGAUUUUCAUAUGGUCCUGAAAUCAUACAUAGAAAAAGUUUUUGCUUCAGGACCAAAUUGUGACAGGACGAGUUGACGGUCGUCGACGGAUUGUCUUUAUACCUAUCACUUUUUCUGGACUAAUGAUCCCUCAACAAGUGUCAACUCCAGCGAAUUCUCUAAUCUGCGCUGGUGCUGGCCUGACGCACCAGGCGGCGGCCUGGCUGGUCAACGCCACAGACGAUACGCUCACCUCGUGAAUUUCGGAACAGAGGUUGAGAAAAGAGAAUGGCAGGAACAGGACUGCUUAGUCCUUGUCGGCUGGGAUAUUUCCCCUCAGCAUCAAACUGCACCAGCACCUGACGGAAAUUGAAACCAGUGACAAGCCACUGUGUCACUACAAUCUAUCCGUAUCCGAGAUCGAAACACUAUAGAUAGUACGGAUCAACUUCUACAAGAACAGGCAGCAGAUUAGGUGUAAUUCCACCUAGCAACAUUUGCGGUCUACAGGUUUGAUACCUCUUACCCGUCACCAGGUACCACUGGUAUAAUUCAGAAAUUUCCGCCACAAGCAACAUGUGUUCAUAAUCAUAAAAUAAUUUUGAUUUUGACCGAAAAGUGUUGAGUUUUCCUGGACGAAAAUAAUCUAUCUCGAUGCCUACCUUGUACUUGUUCUAUAUCUACUCAAUCAACAUGAACAUCAGAUUUAAGGUCCAAGUUAUCCAAACGGAAAAUGAAUAUUCGCGAACGACCCCACAUUGUCCUUCUCGUCUGGGAUAGAAACACAACAUUGCUGAAGAUGAGAUUUUGUGUUUACUCCUUCAAAGCGCUUAGGAUUCUGUACACUCACCUGACUGGUGUGCUCUCGGAAAUAAGAUUUUGCGCUCAACGCGGAAUUGCAAUUACUUGUGAAGUUGAAGUUGAAAG